UACGGAAGUUGAUAUGAUAUCAUCUCUGGUCGCGAUCAAAGGCGGGGCUCUCGGGGCUCCAAGGGCGGAACACCAAAUUUCUCUCCCCGCCGCAUACCAACCUGCGACAAACACACCACCUACUUCAAUACCUCCUCUACCUAUCUGACCUGCCACAUUGCUCCCUGCCAUACUGCUACUGCAGAUCACAUUCCGACCCCUCUAAACCCCAUCACCAGAAUCAGAACAACCAUGUCAGCCAACUACACCAUCACAGACCUGGUGUCCCUCCCCAACUCCCCCGUCCGCAUCCCCCGUCUCGGUUUCGGCGUCUACCGCUCCCCAACAAACCAAUGCGUCCAGUCAUGUCUCAACGCCCUGAAAGCGGGAUACCGCCACAUCGACACCGCCCAGUUCUACGCCAACGAGCAGGAAGUCGGUGAUGCUAUCCGGGCGUCUGGGAUCCCCCGCUCUGAUGUCUUCGUCACCACCAAGAUCCUCAGCCCCGCUGGCUCGUACGACGCUACGUAUAAGAAGAUGGUGGAUAGUGUCGAGAAGAUCAGUGGGAAGGGUGGAUAUGUCGAUUUGUUUCUCAUUCAUAGCUCGAGCUCGGGCUCUGCUGGCCGCAAGGAGCUGUGGCAGGCGUUGGAACAGCUGUUGGAGGAGGGUAAGACGAGGAGUAUUGGCGUGAGCAACUUUGGCGUUAUGCAUAUUGAGGAGAUGAAGUCUUAUGCGAAGGUGUGGCCGCCGCAUGUGGACCAGAUUGAGCUCCACCCGUGGUGCCAGCAACGGGUAACCGACGCCUACUGCAGGAAAAACGGCAUCGUCGUCGAGUCGUACUGCCCGAUCGUGCGCAACUACAAAGCCAGCGAUCCUACGCUGGUCGGCCUGGCCGCCAAGUACUCCAAGUCGACACAGCAAGUCUUGAUUCGCUACGCGCUGCAGAAAGGAUGGGUGCCGCUGCCCAAGUCGGAUAACCCGGAGCGCAUCGUGGACAACGCGAACGUGUUCGACUUUGAUAUCUCCGAGGAGGACAUGGCUGUGUUGAAUGCCCUUGACCAGGGAAGUGCCGGGGCGGUUGUCGAGGCGGUUCAGAACGAGUAGAUACUUUUACGAUGUUUGUAGAUUAAUGGUUAAUGCAUAAAGCGAUGUCUCUACCACGGUGGGCGCAGUGCCA